AGUUUCUGCGGGGCAUGACCAUGCCUGCUGAUCAAUAACUUUUUUGUUUGGUCUUUCUAAAUAAACGCAGAGACAUUGGUCUACAGGGACAAUUUUAUCAAGAUUCAAAGUUUUUUUUAAGUCAGAUUUGAGACGGCACAGCAGGCUGAUGUCUGUCAGUCCUGGUUUUUAUUUAACUCAUCCAGUACUUCAAGUUUUGGUCAAAUAUGGGAAAUCUUGUAUGGCUUUUUCUAGUUCCAGUUUUUUUAGGAACAACAGCUCUAAUUUCCCAAUCAACUUUGCAACAGGAUUUUUUACAGUCAUUGAAACCUCAAGAUUUAUUUUAUUAUUUUGAUACUAUUUCUCCUAAAUCAGUGCCUCAGUUUGAGCUGGUUUGGGUGAAUUGUUCGAGAAAUGAGUCCUCCAACGGGUUGUGGAGGUGCUCGUUCGAUUCCCAGGAAGAGAGUUUUGAUUUGGGACAACACAGAGGUGAACCACCAGUGUCCUGUCCCACUAAUCUGGAGAUGGUUAUCAAUUCAACGGUCAGUGUGGUGAAGAGAGAAGUUAUGUGCUGUGAGCAGCUGAAGUUACUGAGACCAGCACACACAAGGACUCUUCUCCCGGUCUGCCAUGGGAAAUUGCAAGGUCUGAUACAGUCAGGGGAAAGCAGACUGUAUAUUCGCCCAAUGCUUCAAAAACACGUUGACAGUCUGAAUUUUACCAUGGAUUUACCCUCUGGUAUACCUCACCUGCUGCUAACCCAUAUUUUACCUGUGAAGACACAUCUGAAACAGCCCAAGAGUCAGUUCAGGCUACGCAGAACAGCUCUCGGGUCAGAGGUCACACAUCUGGAACUAGCAGUGGUGGUGGGUCCAGACGUCUAUAGUUUACACAAGCAAGAUACUGAGAGAUACAUCCUCACCAACCUCAACAUUGCCUCCGAGCUUUUGAGAGAUGUUACCCUCGGUGCCAAUAUAAGACUUCACCUUGUCCGUAUGGUUAUUCUUACAGAGCCCGAGCCAGAGAUCCAGAUCUCCGAAAACAUCACAUCUUCUUUACAAAGUGUGUGUGAGUGGGGUCAAAAGGUCAACCCUGAUGCUGACACUGACCCUCUACAUGCAGAUCUACUGCUGUAUAUCACCAGGUUUGAUCUGGUUUCACCCAAUGGGAAUAAGCUUGUAAGAGGUGUAACUCAGUUGGGCGGAGUCUGUUCCACCCAAUGGAAUUGUGUGAUUACAGAAGAUACAGGCUUCGAUCUUGGCAUCACCAUCGCACAUGAGAUUGGCCACAGUUUUGGCAUAAAUCAUGAUGGACUUGACAACACAUGCAGCUCUAGUGGGUUUAUGAUGGCAUCUGAUGGAGGUUAUAACAGUGUAGAUCUCGCCUGGUCGCAGUGUAGCAGAGCUCAACUCCACAACUUCUUCAGUGCAGGUAAAGCAGAAUGUGUGAAGGACGUCCCAGUUCUGGAAGGAUCUGUACAGGAUUGGAGGCCUGGUCUCUUCUAUGGUGUGGAUGAUCAGUGUCGUAUUGCAUUCGGCAGUUCAGCCACUGCUUGCUCUUUCACUGAUGAUGAUAUGGCAACCUGUCGUGUUCUGUCCUGUCAUAUCAACCCACGUGAACGCACUACUUGUACUCGCCUGCUUGUUCCUCUUUUGGAUGGGACAGAAUGUGGGAUCAGCCAGUGGUGUUUAAAGGGUCGGUGUGUGUCUCCUUCAACCUUGGGUUCCUCCAUGGUGGUCCAUGGCUCCUGGUCUUCCUGGUCUGAUUUCUCUCCUUGUUCACGAACAUGUGGAGGAGGCGUCACCCACCGCAAGAGACAGUGUAACAACCCCAGGCCAGCCUUUGGUGGGACUGUUUGUAAAGGUCACGACACAGAAGCUGAACUUUGCAACCGACAGCCAUGUAAGACGACACAGGUGGAGUUUAUGUCACAACAGUGUUCAGCUACAGAUCAGCAGCCUUUAUCAAUGUCUGUAGACUCCACUUCAGUCUACACCUGGAUCCCUGCCAUCGGCUACAGCACAGGCGACUCUCAGUGUAAACUGAUGUGUCGCUCACGAGAACAGGACUUUAUGGUAAGUCGUGGGUCUCAGUUCAUCGAUGGUACUCGAUGUGAAGCUGGUAACUCUGCAUCGCCUGCUUCCAUUACUGCUUGUCUAGGUGGAAAAUGCCAGCCGUUUGGCUGUGAUGGAGUAAUGCAUUCUGGGAAGGUGGAGGAUGUGUGUGGGGUCUGCGGAGGCGAUGGCUCCACCUGCCGAAUUAUCUCAGGCACAUUUUCAGGUGGAGAGGCUAGAGAGUAUAUCACAUUCCUCACCCUUCCUAUGAACGCCUCUCAUGUUCAUGUGAUUAACAGAAAGCCUGUUUUUACACACCUUGCGGUAUUGAUAAAUGAUAAGUAUGUGGUGGCAGGAGAUGGAAACCCAGCUCUGGCGAUCACAUACCCCUCACCUCUUGAGAAAAGUCCCAUACAGUAUCGUCUGGAUCUCACACCCGACCAUCUACCUCAUAAUGAAGAGCUGAUCAUCUCUGGACCAGUCACAGACAAAAUCCACAUACAGGUUUAUUGUAAAUAUGGAAGAGAAUAUGGAGACCUCACCAGCCCAAACAUCUCAUACCAGUACUACUCUUCUGAUACUGUUUCUGUGGCUGCUAAUGGUAGAUGGUCCACUGUCUUAUCUCCCUGCUCAGUUACCUGUGGCACAGGCAUACAGAAAAUCAGUCAAAUCUGUGUAGAUGAGAGCACACAUGAGCAUCUAGAAAAUAAUCUCUGCAGUUCCUCAUCUCCAGCACCGGAUCUACUGCAGCCAUGCUUUCUUCCAGACUGCCCACCCAGCUGGGAGUUAGGUGAGUUUGGACCCUGCAGCGCCCCCUGUGGUGAGGGAGAGCAAGUGCGCACUGUGACUUGUUUUCAAAAGCGGGGUACAAAUAAAAUGGAGCUGCCUGACUCAGAGUGUACACACGAGUCUAAACCCGCAACUACUGAGAGCUGUAACCUCCUACUCUGUCCUGCCAGGUGGCAGGUGGCAGAGCCCGGUGAGUGCUCGGCUGUGUGUGGACCUGGAGAAGCUCGGAGAAAAGUUUUGUGCGUCCGCUCUCAUCGUGGAUCUGAUUUGGAGGUUGAUCAAAGUCUGUGUUUGGAACCCAAACCUUCAGAACACGUUUCUUGCGUGGUGGAUGUGUGUCCGGUCGGAUGGGAUACACAGAGAGAGGUCCAGCUGACCCAGAAGGAUUACCAUGGAGUUAUGCCCCGGUCCAGAAUGGUUCCCGUUUAUGUCUGGAGCCCUGUGAUUGGCCAAUGCUCUAAGACAUGUGGGAAUGGAUUUCAACUGGUUUGGUUUUCCUGUGUGGAUCACCAGUCACGCCUAAAUGUCCCAGAAUUCCUCUGUGAUCGUAAUAAUAAACCAGAGCCUUACAACCAACCCUGUAGUCAGCCACAGUGUCCUGCAGCUAGGUGGGGCUACAUACAGGGUGUAUGCAGUGUGUCUUGUGGAGGUGGUGUAGCGAGAAGAGUAUUGUACUGCUUCCAGGAAGGAGACGGACACAGGGAUGUGUUGGUCGGAAAAUCCGCCUGUCAAUCUGUACCUAGACCUUCAGAGGUAGUGGAGUGUAAUACUGAAGCCUGUCCAGCUAGGUGGCAGGUUGGAGAUCAGGGCGAGUGUUCGGUGUCUUGUGGGAUGGGUGUGGCUGUGAGGAGUGUGCUCUGUGUUCAGUAUGAGGGAGGUGUAGAAAGGGUCGUGGAGGACGACAGGUGCGAGUCCGGAAGGAAGCCACCAAUCGCGGCACCAUGUUACACACAGGCCUGCUCUUUCCAGUGGGACGUGAAUAACUGGACUGAGUGUUCAGUGUCAUGUGGUUAUGGAAUCCAGUCUCGGACUGUGUCCUGCAUGGGUCCAUCCAGCCCUCUUCCUGUUAGUCCUUUUCUUUGCCUCCACUUGCCAAAACCCAUCACCAUCCAGGCCUGCUACAGCUCGGACUGUUCCUCAGUCCAGAGCUCAACACCAGAGCCCAACAUCACCAACAGCGAGCCGUCAGAGACCAUGGAUGGAGAGCGAGCGUGGAAAGCCCCUGAUGUACCCACAACCACACCUGCUCCUUCCCAUAUAACAAAGAAAAAAAGUUUUUUAAGAGUUGUACCUACCGUGCAAGUCAUGGGAAACACCAUGGCCAUACCAACAGAACCAUCACAGACCAGUUUCUGUGGGCAACUCCUCCUUCAAGACUCAGGAACUAUCGAUUUACGCAAUGUCACUCAGAAGAGGUGCAUAUUUGCUAUUGGUCGACCUCUUGAUGAGCUUAUUCAAAUCAAAAUUAUAUCCAGCUCUCUUAACUGCCAGCAGAAGGACAAUAUCGCCAUGUAUGACCGACUUAUACUGAUGCGUCUCUGUGAGAGGACACAUGGUAAAACGGUGAGGUCACGAUCCAAUGUAUUACUGGUGCGUCAAAGCCGUCUGAUGCCUGGCAAUGGAGUCGUAUUAUUUUAUCAAAGUGUAAAGAACAAAAAAAGCCACCAUGGAGAGUGUGAUGUUCAGUUGUUCUCUCCAUCUGGCCUCAUCGAAAACCCCAUCAAGAGUUUGCCCACCUCCCUCUCUAACACCCGGGGCUGCCGUGUGUUUAUUGAUGCUCCUCCUGCUUCCAGGAUCCAAAUUAAAGCACUUUCUGUGUUCAACAAGACAGAUACAAACUCCACAUACAUACUGAUUCGGGAUGUUGAUGCUUUGAAGACGACAGUUUUCAGAGGGACUCAACUCUUCCUGUGGAGCUCUUCCGGAAGCAGGGCUGAAGUGGAAUUCCAUGGGGAAUAUCAGCGAAUCAAGGGAAUGUUCAGGGCGGAGUAUUCACAUAUUAGCGCAUCUGAAGAGGAACCAGUAUAGCUUUGCUUCAAAUUUGUGCGCCUCUAAUAUGUUUGGAGUAUUAAAAAUAGCCUAUUCAUAAUUUAGUCAAUUGGACAACAGAAUCUUUUUAGUCAAUAUGGUUUAUUAAUAAUACCAAAGAUAUAAUGUAAAUUCGUCUGCCUUGUUUAGUCAUAUACUUUUGUUGAAAAAUUUUAACAAGAUACUGUUUAUAUCUAUCUAAGUGCGUAUAUAUAUAUUUAUUGUACUGAUAAAUUAAUCGAAUUGACUGACGAUCUAAAAGCACAAAUAAAUAACUUGAAAAAGCAA